AUGGACCGCAACACGCCGCGGUCGCCGGCCUCGCCCAGAUUAGAGCAGCUGCCGACUGGCUUCAACGAACUGGUAAGACACAAUGCCGCCACAUCAUAUCCCCGCGAGGUCCACGGCCUACAAAUCAGGCAGAGCCAAUCUCAGCCGACGUCGAGAUACGGGACGCCAGUGCCUCAACCAUAUAGCACCCCGGCAACGUCGCCGCCAACCCCGUCUCGGGGGUCGGACAUAAUGACGACUCGGAGCAACGUCACAACCGGAUCAAAGGUGCUGGCACCCAGGAGCGGUCGCAUCGAGAAGUCCGCUCCCAAAAAGAAGGCCAAAAAGGAACGGGCCAAGACGCCCAAGAAUGUCCCAAAUCUCGACAGACCCAUGAGCGAGCUGACCGAGGCAUCGCAAAUACCAGUCGCCGACAUCGAGACGUAUGUGCACCGGUCGUCCGAAGUGCGCCAGCAAGAAGUCGACACGGGAAAGAACCCGGGCAGGGUCAAGAGGCCCAUGAACGCCUUUAUGCUCUACCGCAAGGCAUAUCAACAGCGCGCCAAGGAAUGGGCGUCGCAGCACAACCACCAGGUCGUCUCGCGCGUGUGCGGGCUCAGCUGGCCCCUGGAGCCCGAGAGCGUACGGCAACAGUUCAAGGCGUGGGCCGACCUGGAGCGCGACAACCACCAGAAGGCGCACCCCGACUACAAGUUCACGCCCUCCAAGCCGCAGAAGGCCAAGUAUGACGACGGCCAUAAAAGCGACAAUUCGGACCUCGAAGACUUUGACUGGGUCAACCGGACAGGGCGCGGCCGAUCGACAACGAAGACGCCCAACGAAGGCGUGGGUGGCGACUAUCUCCGGCCCCAGUCGGGCUACGGCAUGGGCCCGUACCACCCGAUAGGCGACCACGGCGGCAUGGGGCUCUCGCACCACCAAAACAGGUCGGCGUUUGACUUCUCCAACCCGGGCCGAUCCAUGCCGCCGCCGUACGGCCACCGCGACAUGCCGGGGCAGUACUACGAGACGCAGGUCCGCAAUCAGCAGCACCGCAGUGGCAUACACCACCACGGCUUAGUCGAGGAUGUCAUGAUGCACAAAACGCCAUCCCCAAGCCUCGCAUUCCAACAGCUGACCCACCCGUCGUCCCAGCUGCACCCGCCGCUGCACGGGCACUACGGCCUCGGCCAGUAUCACGGGCACUCGCCGGCUUCGGAGCCGCUGCUGCUGCCGCUUUCGCCGUCGCAGCCGCUGCCGCUGCACCGCUUUGAUCACCACCGCAUCGACCCUUCCCUGCACGACCCGCCGCUGAUGGACUCGCACGCCUUCAAUAACCUCCUUUUCGACACCGAUCUUGGCACCGUUCCACAGUCGUGGCAGACGGCCCACCUCCCGACGGGCCACGACGACGCCGAGGGGGGCCAGUAUUCGGACCCGUUCAUGAGCUAUGACGAGACGCUGCCCAUGGACCAGAACGCGUCGCUGUUGAAGGGCGACUGGGAGAUCGAGCCUCUUUCGGACACGGCCCAGUUGGACACGAGCUGGGAAGACCCUCCGCCUCAGAAACGUGAGUCUUCGAAUGAUUGA